GCAGUAGAUAAACUGAAUACGUUGUAGGAUAAGAACGCACUUUCUAGUCAUUACUGAUACAAGUCUCUCUGCGCCAAGAUGUUGGUGGAGGCAGUGAUAAUUAUCCUUUCACUAUUUUGUCUUUACUUCGCCUUUAGGAAGCCACCGGGACUGCCUCCAGGGGUCUGGGGCCUACCCAUUCUGGGAAAGUUUCCUUCAACGUCGGUGCGAUUUGGAGACCAGGUGAAGGCAUUGCGCCCUCUCUACGGUGACCUUAUAUCGUGGCGAGUCGGUAGCCGUCUUCUGGUCUUUCUCUGCAACCAACAUUUAAUCAAACUCGCUCUCAGCAAACAAGAAUUCACAAACAGGCCGGAUUUCUCCACCUUUUUAAUCUACAGCCGAGGGAGUUUUCAAGGUGUCAUCUUUGGCAAUGGCGCCAAGUGGCAGAUUCACCGUCGCUUCGUCCUUCGUCACCUGAGGAAUCUAGGAAUGGGAAAGAACAAAGUAGAGCAUGAUAUUCAAGAAGAGGCAAUGCUUCUGGUGCAAGACCUCAAGAAUCACACAGACAAGGAUGAAACUCUGCCAAUGUCCAUUGGAUUGGCGGCGCUUAACGUAAUAUGGAAAAUGGUGGCAAGUACCCGCUUCAAAAUGGACGACCCACAAGCUCUAGAGUUCAUUCGGCUGGUGUGGUCAGUGAAUGAUACCUUUCAAGGCUCCGUGACCCUGUUCAAUUUUUUCCCAUGGCUGGAGAGUUACUCCCCGAGGUGGUUGCAGGAAAGACUGGGCCUCAAAAAACUGCAGGACACUACAGAAGAACUAUAUAACAUUGCAAAAAAAUAUGUGAAACAGCAUGAAGAGGAACAUGAGCCAAAUAAUGAAAGAGAUCUUAUCGCCCAGUAUUUAUCGGCGAUGAAAGGAGAGGAAAAUGAAGACUCUGUACUCAGCGUGAAAGAACUUCUCGUAGUCGUGGUUGAUCUUUUCCUGGCUGGAACUGAGACCACUUCCUCCACAUUGCGGUGGGCAAUCCUAUACUUAGCCAAAUACCCGGAGAUUCAGCGACGGGUCCAACGGGAGAUUGACGAAGUGCUACCUCGAGGAACUAUACCACAAUAUCACGACAGAACAAAAUUGCCAUACUUCGAGGCAGUUCUCAGCGAAGUCAAUCGGAUCGUUUCCCUGUCGCCACUUGGUAUCCCCCACGUAGCUUCACAGGACACCCAGUUAGAGGGCUACAUCAUCCCUAAGGGUGCUGUACUAUUACCCCACCUAGAAUGUUGCCACAAAGACCCUGAGUUGUGGGAGAAGCCUGACCAGUUUUAUCCUGAGCAUUUCCUAGAUGCUGAAGGAAAGUUCGUGAACAGAGAAGGACGUCGUGUUUGUCUGGGAGAAUCGCUGGCACGAGUGGAAGUGGUAGUUUUCCUAGCAGCGUUGCUUCAAAACUUCACAUUCACAGCACCAGAGGGAGAGCCGCUUUCAACAGAAAACGACCCAAAAGAAUUUAGUCUCAAUUCUCCAAAGCCCUACAGGAUCACCAUUACAGAGAGGAAGAGUGAAGCAGAGAAGUAGAUAACAUUACUGAAGUAGAUACAUUACUGAAUAACUACUAAAUGAUACUUUUCAUGGUUACGAUUAUAUCAGAAUUACGUUUUGUGAAUUUCCAAGGUACAUUCUUAUUGAUUUAAGGAGGAUAUAUUUUGGUAAACUACCCUGUUGUGGCCACUGAAGUUGUGAAAUUACAUAUAUGGAAAUUACAUCUUCAAGACACUCAUGAGUGUCAGAGAUUCAUUUAAGAACAUAAGAACAUAAGAAAUAAGGAAGCUACAAGAAGCGACCAGGCUUACACGUGGCAGUCCCUGUAUGAAACACACCUACCUAUUUCCAUCUGUUAUCCGCAUCCAUAACCUUGUCUAAUCUUCUCUUAAAGCUCUCUAGUGUCCUAACACUAACUACAUGAUUACUGAGUCCGUUCCACUCAUCUACCACUCUAUUUGAGAACAAAUUUUUUUCCUAUCUCCUUCCUAAACCUAAAUUUUUCAAGCUUGAACCCGUUAUUUCUUGUUCUACCCUGAUUGCUGAUCCUAAGAAUUUUGUUUACAUCUCCCUUGUUAUAACCCUCAUACCACUUAAAGACUUCUAUCAGGUCCCCUCUUAACCUACGUCUCUCUAAAGAAUGUAAAUUUAACAGCUUCAACCUCGCCUCGUAAGGAAUACUCCUCAUCCCCUGUAUCCUUUUAGUCAUUCUCCUCUGUACUGAUUCUAAUAGACCUAUAUCUUUCCUGUAAUGUGGGGACCAGAACUGCACAGCGUAGUCUAGAUGAGGUCUGACCAGCGCCAAGUAUAACUUUAAUAUUAAUUCCGGCCUUCUACUCUUAACACUCAUAAAAAUUAAUCCUAGUACCCUAUUUGCCUUGUUUCUGGCUUCUAUGCAUUGUUUCCCUAGACGGAGUUCAGAGCUAACUAUAACUCCUAAAUCAUUCUCGUACCCUGUACCUACCAGAGCUUGGUUCUCUAAUGUGUACCUAUUGUGUGGGUUUCCUCUACCUACGCUAAGCACUUUGCAUUUAUUGAUAUUAAAUUGCAUUUGCCAUCUAUCCGUCCAUUCAUUCAUUCUAUCUAAGUCUGCCUGCAGGGCGAUGGCAUCCGAUUCUGACCUAGUUAAUCUACCUAUCUUUGUGUCAUCCGCAAAUUUACUAACAUCACUACUAAUUCCACUAUCCAAGUCAUUGAUAUAUAUUAGAAAUAACAAUGGCCCUAAUACUGAUCCCUGUGGCACCCCACUAAUUACAUGACCCCACUCGGGGUCAACUCUACCUUCGAGGACAAACUCAUUAAGUUCUGGAGUAGAGCAUGGGCCUCUACAAGGUGUCACUUUUCUGCCAACGUCUUCGCUUAAGAUUGAACGUCCAAGCCUCCAAGAGGGAGCUUGCAAUUGCAUAUCGCCCAUCAAAUUCUCGAGGAUCCAAGCCUACAAACGCUGUAGACCCAAGAUAAGAAAAAAGUAAAUUAAACGCUGGUGAUACAGCCCUACACUUUUCCACGCCUUUUCGUAGACGUCCAACCCUUUAGGAAGUAAACAGUUCACGCAGGGAAACCACAUAACGCCUGAUUUCUGAUCUUUCUAAAAUUUCUGAUUGGGGCACAGUAAACUGAGUAUUUUUCAAUGCCACAAAAACUCAAUUCUUUCAUCUAUCAAAUAGAUUCAACCUUCCAGACAACUAUCCCCUCUCAACUGUCCUCCCUCUCUUACACUAAACAUCCUCGGUCUGUCCUUUACUUAAAAUCUAAACUGGAUACUUCACAUCUCAUCUCAAUCUAAAACAGUUUCUAUGAAGUUAGGCGCUCAAACUUCCAGCUGCUAACUUUGUACAGGGGCCUUAUCCGUCCAUGUAUGGAGUGUGUUUCACAUGUAUGGGGUGGUUCCACUCAUACGGCUCUUCUAGACAGGGUGGAAACUAGUACUUCUCGUACUUCUCAACUCCUCUCCUCUAAAUGUCUUCAGCCUCCUUCUCAUCGCUGCAAUGUUGCAUCUCUUGCUAUCUUCUACCGCUACUUUCAUGCUAACUGUUCUUCUGAUCUUGUUAACUGCAUGCUUCCCCUCCUCCCCCAGCCUCGUCGCACAAGAAUUUCUUUUUUCUCUCAUCCCUAUUCUGUCUAGCUCUCUAAUGCAAAAGUUAAUCAGUAUUCUCAAACAUUCAUCCCUCUCUCUGAUAAAAUCUGGAGCUCUCUGCCUGCUUCUGUAUUUCCACCUUCCUAUGAGUCGAAUAUCUUCAAGAGGUAGGUUUCAAGACACUUAUCCUUCAAUUUUUGACUAACGCUUUGGACACUCUUCAGGGACCGGCAUCUCAGUGGGACGUUUUUUUUUGGGCGGGGGGAAUUUUUCUUGCCUUUGGCCUUCCUACAUAAAGUAAAUGAUAUCAUUGCUUUAAUAGAAACUUACUUAGAUAUGUCAGGAAAAAUAAUUAAUCUAGGGGCUCAGAUAGAUGGUUAUACACUAUUCUAUAAAGACAGGUGGAAUAAGAGAGGAGGCUUCGCGUUUUAUGUUAGGGACAUAUUACAAUGUUGUUUUAACAGCAACACAAAAACAGAUAGGAAAACAGAGUCGAUAUGGUUUCAUAUUUAGGAAGGACCGCAAUCAAUAGUGCUGGGAUUAGUGUACGUGUCACCAAAUACUACAACGGAAGUUAGGAACUCACCAUGACAAGAGCUAAACUGAGCAGGCAGAUAGUCAGGUAUUUGAGGUAAAUUUUAAGUUUAGGAAUAUUGACUGAAGCCUGAAGGUAGGUAACAGUGAAGCAGAGAAAUUUCUUAAUGUAAUUCAGGGUAUAUAUAUAUAUAUAUAUAUAUAUAUAUAUAUAUAUAUAUAUAUAUAUAUAUAUAUAUAUAUAUAUAUAUAUAUAUAUAUAUAUAUAUAUAUAUAUAUAUAUAUAUUUUUUUUUUUUUUUUUUUUUUUUUGUAGUUUUAGACCUCACAAGGGGGAAUAAUAUUCUAGAUAUAAUUCUGACUAGCAAGAAGGAAGUAGUUACACAGGUGGAGGUUGGAGGAGAGCUAGGUAUCAAUGACCAUUGUGAAAUUAGGUACAAAUUAAAAUGGGAGGAAGCUUCCAGAAGCAAAACAUUAGUGAGAUACCUGACUUUGGGAGAACAGAUUUUGAGGAAUUAAGAAGGUACAUACCUCCAGGAAGUUGAAUGGCAAGGAACGGAGAGGGAUGGGCAGGUGAGAUCCAGAACAGAGGUGAGGGAGAUAAGGCAAGGUGAGGAAGGGGAAGUGAGGUGUGAGAGUGAAGGGCAGGAUGAAGUGAGAAAUGGCCGGAUGAGUAAGGGGGGUGAGAAAGGGGGAGACAUGCUGAGGUGCAAGUAUGGGGAGACAUGCUGAGAUGGGCGAGGAGAGGUCUAGCCAGGUGGAAGAUGAAGUGGAAACAAUGGAAGGGGGACUGAGAUGCAGAGAUUAGGGGGAGUAAAUGGUGAUGAGAUAUAUAAAUAUUUCGUUGAUAGAUUACAUCCAAGCCAGUUAGCAAACAUUCCUAAAGGCGGCGUCACACUGGGCAAAUUUCUCCCAGUAUGCUGCCCGUUUCGAGCUGGUGAGAUUGGCCAUACAACAAGUUUGGCGUCACCAGGGAUUGGACUGUUGUGUUGACGCCUUGUCAUUGCAACAGCAUCUCUUCAGCCACUUUGGUUUGCCUUAACUAUUAAAAAAAAAAAAAAAGAAA